AUGGGCAAGCAAAACGAGCAACAAGCUGCAGGGAUGGAAGAGGUUUACCGUGCUUUAAUUGCAGUUAAAGAGAAGGCCUCGAAUGGCGCCUUUAAAACGCUCGGAACGGGCUGCGCCGUGCGAACCGGGGACAUUUUUGGCAUACAUUGGCGAAAGAAAUUUCAUCUUUUGAUCUCAUCUGCUUUGGUCGCGAAGGACACUUUGGAAUCUCGCGAAAGUCGAGGCAAAUACAUCGGCGAAUUUGAGAACGGAAGGCCGAAACUUGAGCUGGAGAAAGCGUCGAAUACUUUCUUCAAAAAGGAACAUAAAGAUUUUCAUUUUAUCGCGAUCGGUCGCGGCCGUUCUGGCAAGCUCGGUCAUAACGUUCUGGAGAUAUGCCAGUUAGAGCGGGACGAAGUACUCCGUGGAAAGCUUGUGUGUUUUGUCACUGCCGUCUCGAACGAGAAAUCGGGCACUCACGUAUUCAAGUCGCACGAAAUCGGGUACAAUGCUCAAUCGAAAUGCUUCGAAACGACAGACGAACUCGGUCAUGAUGAAUUUCCGCGGGGUGCACCGGUCUUAAACGAAUAUCAAGAAAUCGUUGGAAUUAUAAGCGGGAUAACCGAUGGGAAAAAGCUCGAAAUCUGUUUUGUAAGCGAUUCGAAAGCAG